GAUUUCCCUGUAGAAACAUCGCACAUGAGUUUCAUCAGCCGAACUCAGCUGAAGUAAAACAGGUGCAGCUCUCUCCAAGAUUAAUACAGACCAAAUCAAGCAUCUACUAAAGCAGAAUGUGUGGUAUAUGGGCCUUGUUCGGAAGUGAUGAGUGUCUUGCGGUUCAGUGCAUUAAUGCCAUGAAGAUCGCACAUCGCGGUCCAGACGCUUUCCGCUUCGAGAAUGUCAACGGUUUCACCAACUGCUGCUUUGGGUUUCACCGUCUGGCCAUUGUGGACCAGCUGUACGGCAUGCAGCCUCUGCGUGUCAAGAAGUUUCCCUACCUCUGGCUGUGUUACAACGGUGAGAUUUACAACCACCUCAAGUUGAAGAAUCACUUUGAGUUUGAGCAUCAGACCAAAGUUGAUGGAGAAAUCCUUCUGCACCUCUAUGAUCGCUUUGGAAUCGAGAAGAUGGCCUCGCUGCUAGAUGGCGUAUUUGCCUUUAUAUUGUUGGACACUGCUAACAGAAAGGUUUUCCUAGGCAGAGAUACCUAUGGUGUGAGGCCAUUGUUCAAGUUGAUGGCUGAUGAUGGCUUUCUUGCUGUCUGUUCUGAGGCCAAAGGUUUAACACAGAUCACACACUCCAUGUCCACUCCUGCAAAGAUCAGUCCCUUCCCCCCGGGACACUUUGAGGUGUUUGACUUGAAAAGUACCGGGAAAGUGGAGUCUGUUCAGAUAGACCGCUUCCACAGCUGCACAGAUGAACCCAAACACACCACCUAUGACAACGUGGAGGGACUUGGCACAGGCUUUGCAUUGGAGACAGUCAAGAGCAACAUUAGAAUGCUGUUUGAAAACGCUGUCAGGAAACGCUUGAUGGCUCACAGAAGAAUCGGUUGCCUUCUCUCAGGUGGUCUAGAUUCUAGUCUGGUUGCUGCAACCCUUGUGAAACUGGCCAAAGAAGAGCAGCUCGUGUAUCCCAUUCAGACCUUUGCCAUUGGUGCUGAAGACAGCCCCGAUAUUGCAGCUGCUCGCAAGGUGGCAGCUCACAUAGGCAGUGAGCACCAUGAGGUGAGCUUCACUCCAGAGGAGGGGAUUCGUGCACUGAAGGAAGUCAUUGUUCACCUUGAGAGCUAUGACAUCACCACUGUGCGUGCCUCUGUAGGUAUGUACCUGAUAUCAAAGUACAUCCAUGAGAAGACGGACAGCGUUGUAAUUUUUUCAGGUGAAGGCUCUGAUGAGCUUACACAAGGAUACAUCUAUUUCCACAUGGCUCCAUCACCUAAAGCUGGUGCUGAGGAAAGUGUGCGUCUGCUGAAAGAGUUGUAUUGGUUUGAUGUGCUGAGAGCAGACAGAACCACAGCUGCUCAUGGACUGGAGUUGAGAGUGCCUUUCCUGGACCACAGGUUCACAGCAUACUACCUCUCUCUUCCUGAAGAAAUGAGAGUGCCAAAGGAUGGAGUGGAGAAGCAUCUCCUGAGGGAAGCGUUUAAAGGAAUUAAUCUUAUCCCAGAUGAGAUUCUCUGGAGAAGAAAAGAGGCCUUCAGUGACGGGAUGACAUCCUUGAAGAAAUCCUGGUACACAAGCCUACAGGAGCACAUCGAGUCUGAGGUGAACGACUCCCAAUUAGAGAAAGCAGCAAAGCUAUUCCCCUUUAACCCCCCUACAACCAAAGAGGGUUAUUUCAUAAGGCAGAUCUUUGAGAAGCUCUACCCUGGCCGCUGUGAGUGGACGCCACAUUACUGGAUGCCCCGCUGGAUCAAGGCCACAGACCCUUCGGCCAGAACCCUGUCCAUCUACAAGCCUGAUAAAGAUCAACAAUCAUGCCUGAAUUCCAGUGCUUGAUUUAACAUUAUGUUCUCUUCAACUACACAAUGCACACUAUGAUUUUGCAGCUUAUGGAGCAUCGAAAAAUACACUACCGGUCAAAAGUUUUGAAACACUUGACUGAAAUGUUUCUCAUGAUUUUAAAAAUCUUUUGAUCUGAAGGUGAAUACUUAAAUGUUUAAAUUAGUUUCAUAGACAAAAAUAUAAUUGUGCCACCAUAUUAAUUUAUGGUUAAUAUAUCUUAAAAUUUAAAAAAAAAAAAAAAAAAACAA